AUGGAUGAUGAAAUUACAAUAUUGGAAAAGAACAAGACUUGGACUCUUGUAGAACUACCACAUGGCAAACGAGCUAUUGGUUCAAAAUGGAUCUAUCACAUCAAAUAUCGUGUUGAUCGCUCAAUCGAGCGGUUCAAAGCACGUUUAGUAGCCAAAGGAUACAACCAAGUGGAAGGUCUUGAUUUUCAUGACACAUUUUCACCUGUAGCAAAACUAGUUAUAGUACAUUGCCUACUUGUAGUUGCCGUAGCCAAGAACUGGGACAUUCACCAACUAGAUGUCAAUAAUGCUUUCCUACACGGAUAUUGA